GCCUCCGCAACAUAUAUUCUGUCUGCUGCCCCUCUUGGUGUUUGGGACCAUUUGCCUGUCCAAGCCACACUCCAAGCACUCUGCUUCAACCCCGCCUUGCUUGCUUGCUUGCUUUGCUGCGCGCCCAGGCUGGAAACCGCUCUAACAGCCCCAGAUUGGCAACACCUCCAACCACUGCACCCGCUCCGUCAGCCGCGCGCAAACACGCCUCUUCUUUCAUGGCCCUAUGGCAGUAAUGACAUCAUCGCUUGUCGACAAAUCUCCCCUAGACCUCAAGGCGAGCGCCUUUGCGCCGGUAGACAUCAUGGCUGUUGACGCAGACACGAAUGGCGUCCACAAUGUGCUCUUCGACGACCAGGACGCCAAGACGAACCACACCGACCACCUUGCGCAACCAAAGCCAACCGUGAACGGACAUAACGGCCCAAUGGACACGUCAGCGCCUGCGGUCGAGCCCGCCAUCGAGCCCGCCGUCGAGCCCGCCGUCGAACCCACUACCCACGUCUCCGGCGGCAUCGAUGGCAUCGCGCAGUUUCUGCCUGAUAGCCAGCAAGACAACAACUCGCUAUUCGGCGACUCAGACAUGGGUAGCACACUAGCAAACGCACUCGAAGCUCCCACCUCUGACGUGCGCGACGAGCCCGCAACGGCAGAAGAAUUAUCAACAGCUACCCAGGCCACGAGCGAGAGCACGCAGCAAGUGCCAGAGACCCAGAUUGAACCCAAAGAGGAACCAGCUGCAGACGCCAUGGACACGACGGCCGAUGCGACGGAAGACUCGAAACCGCCAGAGUCAUCUGCGCCUCCAACAAAACCAAUGCACGACCUCUCCAUCCAGACCGAUUCAGCUGCAGCGGCUGCGCAGCCCGAUUCGACUCAAUCGCCUGCCGUCGUGGAUCGAGAGAUGGAAGACGCACCAUCGACUGGCAAGGUGCGCCCUCGAGAGGAUGAUGAUGACGAUGAACCAGACGCGAAGCGCACUAAGACAGAAGACGAAUCAACAAAUCAAAUUGACUUUAAAGUACCAGACGUACCGUCCCAAACAGAGCUGCCUAAUGGCAACGCGGAAGCGCCGUCGGAAUCUGUCCAAGAGUCCUCUGGAGUUCACAAAGCUGUUGAUUACGAGGCCUGGCCCUCUUCACCCAUGACCGAAGCUCAGAACAAAUUCUUGCUCGAGAGGAUACGGAACACCAAGAAGAUCAAGGUGUCUAUAGCCUUCAAAGAUCCCGUCAACCCUGUGGCUCUUGGCAUUCCCACCUACCCCGAGAUUGUCAGGAAUCCCAUGGAUCUAUCCACAAUGGAACACAAGUUGAAGGAGAAGACCUACCAACACAUCAGGGAGUUCAUGGCAGAUCUGGAUCAAAUGAUCGAAAAUAGCGAGUUGUUCAACAACAAGCAACAUCCUGUCACGCAGGCGGGCUACAACCUGCGCGCAUACUUUCUGAAGGGCAUGGGCAAGAUGCCGAGGGGAAGUGCCGAGGAACCGCCCAAGCUGGCAAAGGCCAAGAAGCCUACAGUAAAUACGGCACCAAAGCCCCGACGCGAGUCAAGAGUGGCACCGCCUACUGUCAAGUCGCCUGCAGCCCCUACGCCUACAGCUACCUCUCCUCAGGCUGCUUGGCCGCUUCAGCAAGAUGGCACACCGCUGAUUCGUCGCGAUUCGUCUACUGCCGAUGGCCGGCCAAAGCGAGAGAUCCAUAGACCAUCAAAGGAUCUGCCCUACACGAAUGCAAAGCCAAGAAGGAAGAAGUAUCAGCAGGAACUCAAGUUCUGCGAAAGCGUACUCACCGAGCUCUUGAAGCCAAAGUACAGCACGCUUACCUUCCCCUUCAUAACUCCCGUAGAUCCCGUCGCUCUGAACAUUCCCUCGUACCUCAAGAUCAUCAAGAAGCCCAUGGACUUCGGGACGAUUGAGAGGAACCUAAAGAAUGGUGUGUACCAGAGCGCGAAAGACUUUCAUAAUGAUGCCCAACUCGUCUUCCUCAAUUGCUACAAGUUCAAUCCCGAAGGCGAUGCCGUCAACAAGAUGGGUCAUCAACUCGAGGACCUGUUUGAGAGUCUGUGGAAGGAGAAAGCAGACUGGCUUGCCCAGCAUGCUCCCGCUCCCGAACACUCUCCUAGCGAACUCUACUCUGAUGAGGAUGACGAGGACGACGAAGAGGAAGAGGAAGUCGAUCCUGCUCAGGCUCAGUUCCUUGCCAUUCAGCAACAGAUUGCUCAGUUGAACGCCACAGCGCAGCAGCUUCUCCAGCAGCAAACGAGUGGAAAGCGUGCCUCGCCCAAAGCUCCGAGCAAGAAGAAGAAGGCGGUAGCCGCACCAGCAAAGAGAAAGAGUCUUCCUCUUGCCGUGCCACCGCCUGCUAAGCCCGCAAAGCCGGCGAAGCGUGUCAAGGCGCCAGCACCUCUCAGUUUUGCUCAGAAGCAAGAGAUCUCCGAGGGCAUCAGCACCUUGGGCGAUGCAGACAUGCGUCGUGCGGUCCAGAUUAUUAGGAAUGGCUGUCCACAUCUCGCCAACGUGCAUGAUGACGAGAUGGAGCUCGACAUGGACGAGAUCAAUGACGAGACACUCAGAGAGCUUUUCAAGUUCAUCAAGUCUCUCCGUGGCCCGAAGGGAGGAAGCAUCAUUGCCGAUGAUGAUUUCGAACCGCCAACAAGGCAGGUCUCGAAGCAGACGGCGAGCAGACCGAAGAAGAACAAGCCUAUGGGCAAGACCGAGCAGGAAGACAACAUGCGGAAGAUCCAGGAGAAGUUGCAGUCGUUCCAGGGUGGCGCUUCCGGGUCCAGCCAGUCCCCACCUGGUGAGUUGUCAGUGCAUGCACUCCAUGAUCUCAUACUAACCUCUUCAGCGCAUGACGCAUCCAGUGAUGAUGACGAGUCAAGCGGCUCCGAGAGCGAGGAGGAAUAAUCCCCUCGAGCAACACCUUCCUGAAUUCUGGCGUGAUUUGUUGACUUUCCGCCUCUUUCGACAACCCUGAGCUGUCUUUUUCUUAC